AUGCGCUCCUUCGGAGGUAUGCUUCUGUACGUGCUACUCCUGGUACUUGAAAGUAUCUGUGUCACAGGCGUGGAUACGAAAGACCAAGUGCCGCUGAAGCCAGCAGACGAGUGGACAUCACGCAAUGUUGCAAUCAUUGGUGCCGGGUCUGCAGGGUCGUCCACCGCUUAUUACCUGCGACGGUUUGCAGAGAUUUCAGAUUUAUCGCUGAAUAUAACUGUCUUUGAAAGUAAUUCUUAUGUUGGGGGAAGAUCAACAACUGUCAAUGUCUUCGGCGACCCUUCUUACCCUAUCGAACUAGGGGCUUCGAUAUUUGUUUCAGUAAACCACAACCUGAUGAAUGCAGCGAAGGAACUUGACCUCAAGGUAUCCGGCGCAGGUGGCGAGCGUCCUAAAGAAAACCAUAAUAUGCUCGGCGUAUGGGAUGGUGAUCGCUUUGUCUACUUGCAAGGCCAUUCUUUGAGCUGGUGGGACAUGGCAAAGCUAUUAUGGCGAUAUGGGCUGGCCCCGAUUCGCACUCAGAGUCUUAUGAAGAAUACUGUGGAUAGGUUCUUGAGCCUGUACACACCACCUUACUUUCCAUUUGCAUCACUAUCUUCUGUUGUGGCGGAACUUGAUCUUCUCCAGGCUACUGCCGUGACUGGUGCCCAGUUUCUAGAAAAUAACGGCAUCUCUGGGUCUUUCCCAAACGAUAUUAUCCAAGCAAGUACAAGAGUGAACUACGGGCAGAAUCUUGGGUUGAUCCACGGUUUGGAGACCAUGGUCUGCAUGGCAACUGAUGGAGCCGUCUCAAUUGAAGACGGCAACUGGCGCAUAUUUUCCGGGAUGAUUGAUUCGUCUCGCGCACACCUCAGUCUGAAUACUACAGUGACGUCUAUCAAACGGAACAACGAUGACACUCUGACUUUAUCAUAUGCAAGCAACGGCGGUUCUGUUUCAGACCAAACGUUUGAUGAAGUCGUGAUUGCAGCGCCGUUUCAUAGCAGCAAUAUUGAAGUAUCCCCCUCACUUGAGCACAUUCCUGACGAGGUUCCUUAUGUCAAGCUAUACGUGACGUUAUUCGCAUCUCCUCACAAAAUCUCUCCGCGCCGUUUCAACCUGUCAGACCAGAGAGAUGUGCCAGAGAUGAUAUUAACCACUUUACCUCCCGACCUAGACUUGGGAUCUCGAAAAGAUGGAGUUGGUCCUGCAGGGUUUUGGAGCAUCAGUCUGUUACGAGUGGUUGAGGCGCCGGCAGGCGGCCCACACCAGCUGCAUUACGUCUACAAGGUCUUUUCGCCCGAGAGACUAACAGCAGACUUCCUAGCCUCCGUUCUUGGGGUUGAAGCGCCGAAAUAUUUCAAAAACGGCACAAUCGGCGAUAUUUCAGGUAACGAUAUCUCUUGGUUUCAUGAAAAGACCUGGUUUUCUUACCCCUAUGAGUAUCCGCGCCAAACGUUCGAGGACAUAAGACUGGCUCGCAAUGUCUGGUACACGGGCGGUAUCGAGAGCUUCAUAUCGACCAUGGAAACUAGCUCUCUUAUGGGCAAAAAUGUCGCUUCACUCCUGAUGGACGACUGGUACGACUCUCUCCAGACCAACCGUCAACUGGACAGAAGUGGCUGA